GACCCGCCGCCAUCUUGCGCGUGGGCGGGCGCGCAUGCGCGGCGUGGCGCGGAGCGGAGCUGCCAGUGCCCUCUACGGCGCCGGAGCGGGGAGCCAUGGGGCUCGGGUCCAACUCCGCCGUGCGGGUUGAAUGGAUUGCUGCAGUCUCCUUAGCUGCUGGAGCAGCUGCUGUUGGGUAUCUAGCUUACAGAAAAUUUCUCUCUAAAGACAAAUGCUGCAAAGCAAUGGUAAAUCUCCAUAUCCAGAAAGACAACCCCAAGGUAGUCCAUGCGUUCGAUAUGGAAGAUCUGGGAGACAAGGCUGUGUACUGUCGUUGCUGGAGGUCUAAGAAGUUCCCCCUGUGCGACGGCUCUCACACAAAGCACAACGACGAAACUGGUGACAAUGUUGGACCUCUGAUCAUCAAGAGGAAGGAGGCGUAGAGUGGACAGUGGAAGCUACAAAAUGAAUGUCUGACAAAUCCUCUGCUCACUUGUAAUUGGGGGAAAAACACAAUUCUUUGUCAUGUCACUGAAGACUUCCCAGUAUAGUAGAUACAUCAGGCUUCAGCAUGUGUAUUUUUUCUGGUGUGUGUCUUGUUUUAAUCACUACAGUGUAUAAUUUACUAAAUAGUCAUGGUUUAAAUUUUUUGUCCUGUAAAGUAUGUGUACCCUUUCAUUAAGUAUGAAACUAAAAUGACGGAGAGAAUGUACUUCAGCUGAUGUGCAGAAAAUAAUUUAUUAAAUUAUUUUCAAAUACCUGUGUACUACUUUGAGGCAAUUCAGUAGCAAGUAUAUUCAGAAGGUAGAUCUUAAUAAUAUUGAGAGGUUCAAAAGUCACAUGUGCAAAUAGGCUUCUACUGAAAAGGCAAUGGCAGGAAAGAAAUCAUGGUGCCAAAAUGCAACUUAACUUGUGAUUGCACUGCAUUUUCUGCAAGUGUCAAGUUUUUUCUGUCAGACUGCUGUUCUGUGUUGCUUCUGUAAAAGAACAAAUUUAAAAUAGUUAACUAUGAACAGACAACGUAAAAAGGCUUAUGGCAAGAUGGGGCUAAAGGGCAACUUUACCUUUGAUUUUACAGCAAUGUUGAAACUUGACCCUACUACCUACUAUAUGGUAUUCACAACAUAUUAGCCAAACUGUGGAACUGUAGAGUAGGAUUAAGAAGAUGGUGUCUGGGAGCACUUUCUUAAUAUAAAAGGGGAAAUAAUACAAAGUGCUGAAGGACUAGUGGGCAGCAGGUGGCAGGGUGGGUUUUGCUGCUAGAAACCCUUAGUUUCACUUGCGUUCCCUAGCAGUGGAACUAACUUCCCUAGAUGACAAGACACUUCUUUUGGAGUGGCUGUGCUGCAUUAAUCCGAAAGUAAAAUAAAAACUAAAAAACCCCACCCACCAUUACUGUCUGCUUCAUCUUUGCUCUGGCUGGUUCUGGAGGACCCUUUCCUCUGGGGAAGAGGCACACCUUUCUUACCGAGUGGCCUUAGGCUCUAUGUGUCUUAAAUAGUUCCUGCCUCCCUGGGCUAACUGUUGAUGUAGAUCAGCUAAUUUUACCAAAAGAAACUAAAUGGACAAGAAGAUGCUUCAGUGAUGGCUAGAAAAAAAGGGGAAAAGGAGGAAUGAGAUAAGAACUCAUCCUCCAUUUGUAUGGCAUUUGUCUGCCUCAUCUAACACUGCUGCGCGUACUGCAAAUAGGAGAUAGCUGUAACAUUGGUUUCCUUAAAUACCUGUGACUUAUCAACAUACAAACAACUACGAAGCAAAAUCCAAAGAGUGGGGUGGCAGAGGGCAGUUGUGUAUUAAACCCAGUCCACUAGCAUAAUUGCACCUUGUGUAAGACAGUUCUCAGUGGCCAGGGAGAGAGAGACUACCUCAGAGCUAGAGGAGAGGCCUUUCAAGAAGCUGAAAUUUUAAGCUGAACCCUUGAAGAUCCUUCCAGAUGAUAGAGGUAGUAGAAGAUUUUUUUAGUUUGUUUUGUUUUGGUUUGUUUUUUUUAAAGUCAGGGUUGGUGUGACUGGUUGAUAUCAAAGAAAGUGUUUUGCAUGUUCUCCUAGAUGUGGGAUGUUCAGAGGCUGAGGUUGUAGCUGACUGAUCUGAACUUUGACAGAAGGCACACAAAGUACAGAAAGUGGCACAAAAGUAGAGGAAAGAAGGUUUGCAGCUGAAAUAUAUGGGGCUCAACUACUGUCUAUUGGAGACCUCUACUAGAAAGAAGUUGCAAUCAAAUAUAUGUAGUUUCUAUCUUUUCUUCCUGUCUUGACUUGAUUUUUUUUUUACUUGGCCAAGUACUGAUAUGUACGGAAAGUUGUUUUAACUUUAAAUUAUCAGAUAUGUUGGUUUUAUCCAAAACAAGUUAUUUCUGUAUUGUUAGACUAUGACACUGGAUGUUUCUGUAUUUUUGUCAAAUACACUUUUGAGCUCAUCUUAA